AUAUGGAAUGUGCGGAUGUGCCUUUAUUAACUCCCAGCAGCAAAGAAAUGAUGUCUCAGGCGUUGAAAGCCACCUUCAGCGGCUUCGCAAAAGAGCAACAGCGGCUGGGAAUCCCCAAAGAUCCCCAGCAGUGGACAGAGACACACGUGCGGGAUUGGGUGAUGUGGGCUGUGAACGAGUUUAGCUUGAAGGGAGUGGAUUUCCAGAAGUUUUGCAUGAACGGAGCUGCCCUCUGUGCCCUGGGCAAGGAGUGCUUCCUGGAGCUAGCGCCUGACUUUGUGGGAGAUAUCCUUUGGGAGCAUCUGGAGAUCUUGCAGAAAGAAGAGGUAAAACCGUACCCAGCAAACGGAGUGAAUACAACAUACCCAGAAUCCCGCUAUACUUCAGACUACUUCAUUAGUUAUGGCAUCGAGCACGCACAGUGCGUGCCUCCCUCCGAGUUCUCUGAGCCCAGCUUCAUCACAGAGUCCUACCAGACCCUCCAUCCCAUCAGCUCGGAAGAGCUCCUGUCCCUCAAGUACGAGAACGACUAUCCCUCGGUCAUCUUGCGUGACCCGGUGCAGACAGACUCCCUGCAGACAGACUACUUCACGAUCAAGCAAGAAGUUGUAACGCCGGAUAACAUGUGCAUGGGACGUGCCAGCCGAGGUAAACUGGGUGGCCAGGACUCCUUCGAGAGCAUAGAGAGCUACGACAGCUGCGACCGCCUGACGCAGUCCUGGAGCAGCCAGUCCUCUUUCCAGAGCCUGCAGCGCGUCCCCUCCUACGACAGCUUUGACUCUGAGGACUACCCCGCCGCCCUGCCCAACCACAAGCCCAAGGGCACCUUCAAGGACUAUGUUCGAGAUCGGGCCGAUAUGAACAAGGACAAACCAGUCCUCCCAGCACGUUCUUCCUCAGAACAAGCAGAGCUGGCUCGGAGUGUCCCACCUGGCUGCUCUCCUGUCUAUAGACCCAGCCCAAAGCAAGGGGCCGUGCUUUUCCUGACGUUAACAUCUCGUGUUUCCUUUGUCUCUCUAGGCAGCGGACCCAUCCAACUGUGGCAAUUCCUUCUGGAGCUGCUCACCGACAAGUCCUGUCAGUCCUUCAUCAGCUGGACGGGCGAUGGCUGGGAAUUCAAACUUUCUGACCCAGACGAGGUGGCCAGGCGGUGGGGCAAGAGGAAAAACAAGCCCAAGAUGAACUACGAGAAGCUGAGCCGCGGGUUGCGCUACUACUACGACAAGAACAUCAUCCACAAGACGGCAGGGAAGCGCUACGUCUACCGCUUCGUCUGCGACCUGCAGAGCCUGCUGGGCUACACCCCCGAGGAGCUCCACGCCAUGCUGGAUGUCAAACCAGAUGCCGACGAGUGA